GCUUCAGCGGCAGCUUGCUCAAUCCAGGUUCGUUCAACUCCUGCGGUACGGUGCUGUACAGUACUGUCAGAAAUCCAUGCCCCGGAGGCAGAAACAGGCUGGCUGUUGCAUUUGGCCAUCCCCGGCUGUGGAUGGGGACGAGCGAAUCCCGAUUCUGCCGCAUCUUCGCGUCUCGUUUUUCCUCCUCCUCUUCCUCUUCUUCCUCGUCUGAACCUUACUGUAGCCGUUGGUCGCCACUUUUCCGCCGUUGCUUAUCUUAUUAGUACGGCACAGUACGUAGUUGCUGGAGAGGCUUGAUCUUGGUUGUGGCCUUGCUCGGUGGAAUUGCUCUUCCGCGCUGGCCUUCUUCUCUUCUCCAUCGGUGCUCUGAUCUCUCUAAUCCCCUUCCGCUCCCGAUCGACGACGAACAGCGACGAUUGACGGACAUCACUCGUGCAGAGGCGACGGGUCGACAGGGACCUUGGAGAUUGACAGGGGCUUUUCGCGCAACAUUUCGACCACGAUCGCGAAACAUAGGGGUCGAAAGCGAGAGAGGCAGCCUUGGAAGCACCGCUUUCUUUGCACUUCCGUACCGUCGCUUGCUGCACUACGGCCGCAACCUUUGUUGCUAAGCGACGACCUUUUCUUCAUUUGCAAUAGUCAUCGUGACGUCCCGGGCGUACACGUUUGCGCAUAAUAAAAAUAAAAAAAACGACAUCGAAAAAGUCUGCUGCUCGUUGGCUCAAGACUUUCCGCAAAGCGCUACUUCCGUGAACGCGACUCCACGGCAAUUCGGCUUUUGCAUACUCUUUCCGGCAUUUGCUCACCACGACGGCCAAGCUGUGGCCACACAACACGACAAUGUGCUUCGGGGCUCGGAAUAAGAACGAGGAUGGCGAGGCCCAUUCUCGGGAGCUGGAUAAGGUCCUGCGCCAGGAUGAGAAGCGCAUGGCUAAGGAGGUGAAGCUGCUACUAUUGGGGGCUGGAGAAUCAGGAAAAUCUACCAUCCUGAAGCAAAUGAAGCUCAUAUAUGCUCAAGGCUUCAACAAAAACGAGAGGCUAGAUUUCAAGCCCGUCAUCUUCAACAACAUUGUUCAGUCAUUCAAGACCAUCUCCGAGGCCAUGGCUGAGAUGGGUUUCGACUAUGACAGCCCUGAUAACGAGAAACACAUGGCGCACAUUUUGGUUGAUGGCGAAAUCAGCCCAGACAGCAAGAUGCCCGAGGAUUACCUAGAGCCUAUCAAAUUGCUAUGGCAAGACAGUGGUGUCAUGGCCGCAAUUGCCAAGGGCAACGAAUACGCUCUGCACGACAAUCUCACAUACUUCGUGACCGACAUCGAUCGGAUAUGGGCCGACGGUUAUGUACCGAAUGACCAAGACUUACUCCGCUCUCGAUUGAGAACAACAGGUAUCAUAGAAACUGUCUUUGAUCUAGGUCAGUUGACAUACCGCAUGUUUGACGUCGGUGGCCAGAGGUCAGAACGAAAGAAGUGGAUCCAUUGCUUCGAGAAUGUCAACUGCCUGCUCUUCCUCGUCGCCAUCAGUGGUUAUGACCAGUGCCUUGUUGAGGAUAAGGACGGCAACCAAAUGAACGAAGCUCUGAUGCUGUGGGAGUCCAUCUCCAACUCACAUUGGUUCGCCAUGACGUCGUUGAUCCUUUUCCUCAACAAGAUGGAUCUCUUCAAGGAGAAGCUGCCCAAGAGCCCCAUCUCCAAGUACGGCUUCACCGACUACCACGGACCUGAAGACGACUACAAGGCGGCCAGCAAAUACUUCCUCGACAAAUUCCGCGCGCUAAGCAGAAACCCCGAGAAGGAGAUUUACGGCCACUUCACCAACGCCACUGACACAAACUUGCUGAAAAUCACAAUGGGUUCCGUGCAGGACAUGAUUAUUCAGAGAAACCUCAAAAAGUUACUUAUUUGAAGCGGCCUUCAAUUUGCCAAAGUACUGAUUAUUAUUAUUAUCGCCCAACCUCUUUCUUUUUUUUCUUAUAUUAUCAUCAUCAUCUGCCUGGCUGUCGGUCUUUGAUUCAACAAAUACAUACGAGUUGACUCCUCGGUUUAGGCUGCCCGAAUCGACCCGGGCACCUUUUCAUGCAUGAUUACGGCAUCUUACGGCUUUCACCUUCAUUAUUCAUCAGCAGUGAAGCUCUCGGCUGCUAUUUGCGUUGUUUUAUCUUAACACAUAUACACUAGCGGGGAAUAUGUCACACUCUUCCGUAUUUUUUUUUUAUCCCUUAUCUUACUGUUAUUUAUUUUUCUUUAUUAUUAUUAUAUUCAUGGCCAUUUACGGGGGAGGAAGAAGAUUAUUGCAAGCUGGGUGGAAAGGCAGCAAGAUGUCUGUUUUUAUUACUGCACGUUAUUAGGACUGGAAGUGAAGUGAAGGGGGAAUGAUUUGAAGUGGAAUGGGAAAGAGAGGAGGAAAAGGAAACCAGGAAAUCUUUUAUUGGAUAAGAGAAAGAUAUUGGUGGAUUUUGUUAUUUUUUUUUUUUUUGAACCUUUCAGUGAUACCUAACUCUUCUUUUCUUCAUUUUUUCUUUCUCUUUCGCUCCUUGAUCUUAUAUGUCUACAAUAUUACGUGGGCAUAUAUUGAGAAUAACGCCUAUUACUCUCCUCUUUUUUUUUUGGUUCAUUUGAAGACGGUGUGCCGGCGGCUUAUAGCACGUGGUAGAUUGAUAGGCGGCGAAUGCUGUUUGAAGCUUGGCUAAUGAAUGCUGGAGGCUGCAAUACCCCCGUACAAUUUACCUUGAAGCGCUAAUGUGCAAAAAUUAGGUAUCAAAUUUGAUCUAUUGCUUCAAAUUUGCCUUGAAAACUGAAAGAGAUGUGCUGGUUUACCAUUUUUUCUCUGUUUUUGGAACAUGAAUGUUUAGUGGUGCUGUAUUUCAAGGCUCAGAUAGUGUGCUCAAUUUGGCUGUACCUUCGUAAGCCAAUUACCGCCCGCUCUAACCUAAGCAAGUCACAAAGCAAUUUGGCGCAGUGGAAGCGCGCCGGGCUCAUAACCCGGAGGUCGCACGAUCGAAACGUGCAAUUGCUACUUGCUCAUCUAUUUUUUUUUUUCCGUUCCUUAUAAUACCCAAGUUCAUAUUUUCAAAUGUCCUAGUAUAAUAUUAUAAAUAUUAAGGCUUAUAAUAUUACACUUAAUAUCUUUAAGGCAUUUAAUAAUUAUUAAGGGAAUUUACUACUACUAUAUGCAACCAAUUUUUCUUCGUCUCAAAUCUAUAAUUACUAGCAGGUAAUAGGUAGUAUCUCGUGUUUGCUCCAUAAACAGGUCACCACCGCCGCACAAAGAAGCAAUCUUUAAGUUCUUUUUUUUUUUUUGCCUGCGUCAUCAACACUCAAAUCGUCAUAAUGGUUCCACACACGGGUAAACCGCCAAGCUGAAUUCCCAUUGGCCAGGUCCCCUCGCCAAUCGGGCUAAUGAUGCGUCUUCCUUCCCGCAUUCAUUUUGCGGGGAAAGAAGCAGCCACCAUUUGAUGGAAAGAAAGAGCCAAAAGGCCAUAAACAGCAACAAUAGCGCGGGUACAUGGCAACAAACUGCCGGUUGCGGUUGCAUUCAAGUCGGAUGUCACUCCGUAGAAGCGAAUCAAUACAGGUUUCUUCUCCCUCUUUCCCCUCUCUUUCAUUUAGCGGGUACCUUUAGCUGGCCGAGCAUCUACAACAGCUGCUAAACAGCUGCCGCCCAAUUUGUCAGUGAAUGAGUGACGAGGUAACCCGAGCUGCGUGGGAUGCGGAGAUUGAAGCGGCCCGUAUAGAAAGGGAGCCUUUUUGUCAU